CGAGAACAACGAACAACCACCACCCUAUAAGUACCGCCUCGCCGUCUCAAAGGUCCUCAUGAGAACCUUGCUCGCUACUAUAAUUAACCAAAUCGAUUCACAAUGGUCCUGACUGGUCACUGUCUGUGCAAAGCCGUUACCUACACCGUCGAGGUGGAGGAACCCGCCCUGGUCGGCUACGACCACUGCGACGACUGCCAGCGCCAGAGCGGCUCAACCUAUUCACUGGUCGCCGUCGUCCCCAAGGAUAAGCUCACUAUCCUCGGCCCGACUAAGAGCUGGGCCGGACAGGGUUCGUCCGGCAACGCCGUUCACCGCAUCUUCUGCUCCGAGUGCGGCUCGCCCAUCGCCCACGACCCCGACGCCGCCCCGGAGAUCAUCGCCAUCAAGGCCGGCACCUUGGACUCCGAGAUCAAGAAGAACCUCAAGCCGGACACCGAGAUCUGGACCGUCAGCAAGCUGCCUUUCUGCCAGGAGCACCUGGCCAAGCCCUUCAAGCAUAUGCCCGAGUAAUCGCCAAUGAAAGCAUGCGCCCGACUAAUGCCUGGUUAAUGACAAAAGUGAAUAUUUGUUGAGCUAAUUGAUGAAUGAAUGCAGUCCCUCUUAUGUAUGUAAGCCGUGG